ACUAUCCGUGUAGUCUCUGCAUUGAGAGAACAUUGAAUAUGCUUAGAGGAGCUAGAAAACGCUCCCGAGCGAGCUUUGUUACGUUUUGAGUUCGCAAUCAAAAUCGUUUCCUGUUUGAUUCGAAAUUGGUCUUAGUUUAGAUUAAAACUUAUUGUUUGGUAAUGAAUAGUGGUGUCAAUUUUAGUUAGACCAUUUUAACUUUAAUGAUAAUCCAAAAACUAGUCGACUCGAAUUUAGUAGAGUAGAUUUUGAUAAGGAAUUAAUUAUUGUGUUUAAUAGUUUAACAAUAUUAUCUGUGUAACUUUAGUUGAAUGCCAAUCAAAUCACGAUAUUUGGCUGGAUCUAUAUCAAAUAUUAGUAAUUAUUUUUGUGUGCACCAACUGAUUAUAUUAAUCUAAAAAUCUAUUGGGCUACAAUGAUUAUAUCCGGAGAUAAAAUCGACAAGUAAAAAUAUAUAUAAAAGAGUACUACAACAAAGCAAGAGAUAUAUGCGUUAAGAGGUAAAAUGAUCCGAGACGUUUCACUUGAAUCCUUGAAACCGUUCUUCGACAGAGCAUAUUAUAGUUGGAAUGAUCGACGUUGAAAUAUUCAAAAAGGAUUUGAGAACGAUUGCAUACCGUCUCUGAAAAUAGUUGGCUCUCGCUUGAUGACCAAGUCGAGGCCAAAAAAAGCAUACUUGAAACGACUGUGAGAUAUUGAGCUACGACUGUAGGCUUGGUCGGAGACUAAAGCCAUGAACUCUGGUUCUAGAGUAUCCGUCAAUAGCAAGCGAUGCAACUAGUGAACAAUCAAAAAGACUCAUCGUAACAGUCCUACUAUGGCUCCGUGCUUAUAAAAUUACUUAUAGAGAAAGAUAUAUUAAAAUAGGAAAUGAUCCACAGACCAAGACAUGCAUAUAUAAUAAUUGAGAUCUUUGCAUUUGGAGAAAGCUCACACACCAAAAAAAAAAUGAAUGAGAAGGAGCUCCCCGAGAGCUUGAGAGGAGACAACAUAAGUGAAGAAACCAAGAGUUUAAUCUCUUCACUUUCUUGUAACAAAGAUUUUCUAGGGAAGAUCUACAACUACCAAGGAUGUUGGUACUAUCCCAACACUCUCCAAGGAGUCCUGAACUUCCAGAAAGGUUUCAAGCCUCAAGAAACCGAUAUAAUCAUUGCUUCUUUCCCUAAAUCAGGAAACACUUGGCUCAAAGCUCUCACGAUCGCUCUCUUUGUGAGAUUAAACAACACUUCUUCUUCUUCUGAUGCUCUUCACCCUCUACAAUCCGAUAAUCCUCAUGGCUUAGCACCUUUUUUGGAGACUAUUCUGUAUCUCAAUAGCUCAACACCUGACGUGACCAAGUUCCCAUCUCCGAGGCUGUUCUCCACUCACAUGCCGUUACAUACUCUCCAAGAACCCUUCAAGGACUCUUCUACCUGCAAGAUCGUUUACGUGUACAGGAACGUGAAGGACGUGUUGGUGUCGCUAUGGCAUUUCAGGUGCGCUUAUCUUCAAAAAGAAAUAGACAAAAGCCUUCUCGAGUAUUCGUUUGAGUCUUUAUGCAGUGGAGUUGGCUAUUUUGGACCCAUUUGGGAACACGUUUUGAGCUAUUGGAGAGGUAGCUUGGAAGAUCCCAAACAUGUUCUCUUUAUGAGGUACGAGGAAAUGAAGUCAAAGCCCGCUGCUCAGGCUAAGAGACUUGCAGAGUUUUUGGGUUGUCCGUUCACUGAGAAAGAAGAAGAUCAAGGAUGCGUGGACAAGAUUUUGGAACUUUGUUCUCUGCGUAAUCUGAGCGGUUUGGAAAUCAACAAGACUGGAAAAGCUUCGAACAAUAUGCAUCACUCUGUUUUUUUCCGCAAAGGAGAAGUUGGUGACUUCAAGAAUCAUCUCACUCCUGAGAUGGAAAACAAAAUCGACAUGAUCGUCGAGGAAAAAUACAAAGGCUCCGGUUUGAAAUUCUGAGUCAUGUGUGUGAUUUGUGCUUUCUUCAAAUGGAUUUUGUACUAAAGUCGGAUUUGCGUUUUUUUUCCUCAAAAUAUUCAAUACAUGAUCAUUUACUCAUU